GGGUAAGCCAACUCACCAAAUCAACUUCAACUCUUCAACCUCAGAUUUGAUUUAGCAUCUCCGACCAGCAAUGGCUGCUUUUGCUUAUGCUUGUUCUCCCGAAGCUCCAUGUCGAAAGUAUGAAGUUUUCAUCAGUUUUAGAGGAUCAGACGUUAGAUCUGGUUUUCUCAGCCAUUUGAAAAAAGAGUUGCAUCAAAAGAACAUAGAUAUUUAUGUCGAUGAUAGGCUUGAAAGAGGAGAAGAAAUAUCAUGGGCACUUGUAGAAGCAAUAGAAGGAUCCAUGAUUGCAUUGGUUAUAUUCUCAAAAGAUUAUGCUUCUUCAAAGUGGUGCUUAGAAGAGCUUGUCAAAAUCAUGGAAUGUAAGGAAGCUAAGCAACAGAUUGUGAUACCAGUUUUCUAUCAUGUAGAUCCUUCAGAUGUUAGGCAUCAAAAAUGCACUUAUGAGGAUGCAUUUACUCAUCAUGAACAGAAGUCCAAGGAUAAAGUGGGUAAUUUGGAAAUUUGGAGAUCUGUCUUGACAAAAACCGCGGACUUAUCUGGCUACCAUUCAUCAAAUUUUCAAAAUGAAUCUGAACUCAUCAAUGCAAUAGUUGAAGGCGUCUUAAAAAAAUUGGAAGAUAAGAGUCCAAUUGUGCCAAGAUCUCAGCUUGUUGGAUUUCAUCAAAAUUUCAUUAGUGUUGAAUCAUUAAUGGAAAUUGAGUUGCCAUAAGGUCGAAUCCUUGGAAUUUGGGGCCCAGGAGGGAUAGGGAAAACAACUCUUGCUCGUGCCAUAUUUGACAAAUUCUUGUCUAAAUUUGAAAGUCAUUGUUUCUUAGAAAACGUGAGAGAAGAAUCAACAAAGAUUGGUGGUUUGAAUUCUUUGCUUCAAAAACUUCUUUCUGAGCUAUUAGAUCAAAAAGAUCACAUAAAUAUGAAUCACGUGAUGAGAAGGCUGAAACAAAAAAAAGUCUUAAUUGUACUUGAUGAUGUGGAUAAUCCAAAGCAACUAAAGGAUCUGGCAGGACAACAACUUUACUUAGGACAAGGCAGCAGGGUCAUUGCAACAAGUAGAGACAAGCAUGUUCUUAGAAGUGGAGGGAUUCAUGAAAAAUGCAUACAUGAAGUCAAUAAAUUAAGUUUGGAAGAAUCACUUGAACUUUUCAGUAUCCAUGCCUUCAAUCAAAAUCAUCCCAUCAAGGAAUAUGAACAGCUAUCAAAUUUGAUAGUGGCCUUGGCUAAAGGCAUUCCUUUAGUUUUAGAAGUUUUGGGUUCCCAUUUUCAUUCUAGAGAUAAAGAAUACUGGGAAAGUGAGCUUAGCAAACUCCAAAAGCAUCCCCAUCAGCAAAUUCAAGAUAUAUUGAAGGUGAGUUGUGAUGGAUUGGAUCCUAUGGACAAGGAAAUAGUUUAGACAUUGCAUUUUUUUCCUUGGGAAAACCAAAAGAUGAAAUUGCUUAUGUACUAGAGGCUUGUGGUUUCAAAUCAGUUAGUGCAAUAUAAAAUCUUAUCAAUAAGGCUCUCAUAAUGUCCAAUUGUUAUAGCUAUAUCAUAAUACAUGAUUUGAUGUGAGAAAUAGCUACGCAAAGAGUCCAUGCAGAAUAUAUGAUACAUCCUGAAAGGCGUAGCUGAUUAAAAGAUGUAGAUGAAAUAUGUGAUGUAUUAAAAAGUAACAAGGAAGCUAAUGAAAUUGAAGGCAUUAUAUUGGAUGUGUCUCAAAUCAAGCAUUUAAAAUUGAGA